GCUGAGCCUAGGGCGGGCGGGGGACCGGUAUAAAGCAGCUGGUGCCUGUGUCCGCUCCACCUCGUGGGCAGCUCCGGCCUGAGUUUGUUCUGUCCCCUCCCCACCACUUCGGCACCACCAUGACACCGGACAUCCAGGCCCCUUUCCUCUUCCUGCUGCUGCUGUUCCCAGUGCUGACAGAAACUUCUUGGAGCACAACCACCACCUUACUCACAGCCAGCAGCCCCAACCCUAGCCCGACUGCCUCCCCCAGCCACGAUGAUGCCUCAUCUCUGACCAGCAGCCGUGCCCCAAGUCCAACCGCCUCUCCAGGCCAUGACAGUGUCCCGUCUCUGACCAGCAGCCCGGCCCCAAGCCCGGCCGCCUCUCCAGGCCACGACGGAGCCUCGACUCCGAUCGGCAGCCCUGCCCCAAGCCUGGCCGCCUCUCCAGGCCACGACAGAGCCUCGACUCCGAUCGGCAGCCCUGCCCCAAGCCUGGCUGCCUCUCCAGGCCACGAUGGAGCCUCGACUCCGACUGGCAGCCCUGCCUCAAGCCUGGCUGCCUCUCCCGACCACGACAGCGCCUUGACUCCAACCGGCAGCCCUGCCCCAAGCUUGGCUGCCUCUCCAGGCCACGAUGGAGCCUCGACUCCGACUGGCAGCCCUGCCCCAAGCCUGGCUGCCUCUCCAGGCCACGACAGCGCCUCGACUCCGACCGGCAGCCCUGCCCCAAGCCUGGCCGCCUCUCCAGGCCACUAUGGAGCCUCGACUCCGACCGGCAGCCCUGCCCCAAGCCUGGCUGCCUCUCCAGGCCACGAUGGAGCCUCGACCCCAACUGGCAGCCCUGCCCCAAACCCAGCUGCCUCUCCAGGCCACGACGGCGCCUCGACUCCGACCGGCAGCCCUGCCCCAAGCCUGGCUGCCUCUCCAGGCCACGAUGGAGCCUCGACCCCAACUGGCAGCCCUGCCCCAAGCCUGGCCGCCUCUCCAGGCCACAGCGGCACCUUGACUACGACCAGCAGCCCUGCCCCAAACCCAGCUGCCUCUCCAGGCCACGACGGCGCCUCGACUCCGACCGGCAGCCCUGCCCCAAGCCUGGCUGCCUCUCCAGGCCACGAUGGAGCCUCGACCCCAACUGGCAGCCCUGCCCCAACCCCAGCUGCCUCUCCAGGCCACAACGGCACCUUGACUAUGACCAGCAGCCCUGCCCCAACCCCAGCUGCCUCUCCAGGCCAUGAUAGUUUCCCAUCCCUGACCAGCAGCCCUACCUCAAGCGCUACUGCCUCUUCAGGCCAUGAUGGCACCUUGUCUCCAGCCAGCAGCCCUGCCCCAAGCCUGGCUGCCUCUCCCAGCCACGACGGAGCCUCGACUCCGACCGGCAGCCCUGCCCCAAGCCCUACUGCCUCUGCAGGUCACCACGGCGCCUCGUCCCCAACCAGCAGUGACACCUCAUCUGUGACCACCAGCUCUACCUUGAGCUCCAUGGUCACUUCAGCACACAAGGGCACCUCAUCCAGGGCUACCAUGACCCCAGGCAGCAAGGGCACUCCAUCCUCAGUUCCCAGCUCUGAAACUGCUACCUCUGCUGCCAGCCACAUUACCAGGACAGCUGCCAGCAGCACUAGCCCCCAACAGUUGCCUGUUAGGGUCUUCCUGUUCUCCCUCUCUUUUCGCAUUACAAACCUCCAGUUUAACUCUUCCCUGGAAGAUCCCCAAACCGGCUACUAUCAGGAGCUGCAGAGACGCAUUUUGGACUUGUUUUCGAAGAUUUAUAAACGGAGGGAGAGGGAUUUUCUGGGCCUCUCAGAGAUCAAGUUCAGGCCAGGAUCUGUGGUGGCAGAAUUAACUCUGGUCUUCCGAGAGAAUACCACUGCUGGAUGGGUGAAGGCACAGCUCAGUCAGCUUGAAGCACAGGCAGUCAAAUAUAACCUGACCAUCACUGAAGUUAGUGUGCGUGAUGCCUUGUCUCCUUCCUCUGCCCAGCCUGGGUCUGGGGUGCCCGCUUGGGGCAUCGCCCUGCUGGUGCUGGUCUGUGUUCUGGUGGCGCUGGCCAUCAUCUAUCUCAUUGCCCUGGUUGUGUGUCAGUGCGGACGAAAGAAAUGUGAGCAGAUGGACAUCUUUCCAACCCUGGAUGCCUACCAUCCUAUGAGCGAGUACUCCACCUACCACACCCAUGGGCGCUAUGUGCCCCCUGGCAGUACCAAACGGAGCCCCUAUGAGGAGGUUUCUGCAGGCAACGGUGGGAACCUCUCUUAUACAAACCUGGCAGCCACUUCUGCCAACUUGUAGGGACAUGUUGUCUGCUGAGAGUCCAGCCAGUACUGGCUACCUCUCUGGAAUUCUUCACUUCUGAGGACCCCUGCCCCCAACUCUGUUCUGGGCUAGUGAGCUGGGCAUUCAGGUGGGCUGCUCACAGCUUCCCUCACAGGACCCACCAAGUCCCCUAACCCAUCUUAGCCCUGGUGAAGCCCGCCUGAGCCCCUGGGGACAUGCCAGAGGCAGCGGCUCCCAGGAGGAUUGCCUGGAAUGCUUGGAGAUGGGAGUGGGAACGUGAACAUGGCUGAAUAAAAUGCGGGCCUCCUCC